CUUUCUUUUCGUUGUUCUCUGUGUCUUUUUAAUUAUUAAUUACGCAUUUUCCUGCUCAAAUUGCUUAUUAUUCCUUUUUACUAAUUGGGUGUUUCUUCGUUUCUGGGAUUUGCAAACCCCUAUUACGGUUUCAGGUAAUUAGCUCUUUUAGGGCUUUUUUGAAUUGUAAAUGUGUUUCAUUUAUUGUUUGUUUCGUUAAAUGUGGUGCUCAAAUGGAGAGCUGUUAGCGUGUUAAUGGAUAUUAUGUGAUUGCGAAAGAAAAUUUUAUUGGACUGCUAUUAGACCAAUGUAAUUGUAUCGACUAGAAUGUUGUAUUUUCAGAAAAAAAUAAAGUAAUUGUAUGGAGAUGGAAGUAGUGAAAUUACACACUGGAUAUAAGAUGAAAGAGAUUUUUUAUACGGUUUGGACUUAUGGAACACAUAGUAUUGGUGAUUGACGAACUAGUAAAGAAGAUAGAUAGUUGGAACAUGUAGUUUUACGAAGGCGACGAGAAAGAUCAAAGAUGACUUCAAAGGCAUGAGCAGAAAAGAAUAGAAGAAAUUAGACCUACGAAUCGAGUUGUUAGAUAAUUGAAAUGAAUGAAGAAAGAGAAUACAUUUGGAUGACCAUUGGGACUGAUUAAUUGGUUCAUGACGAGCUUUUGGGAGGAAGAAUUAGCAUUGUUACCACUGCCUCCAACGUUUUGGAUGUUAGAACAAAUUGCUACUGUGCAUUUCAAAUACUUUCCAGAUUGUGGGACUGUCACAAUAAAAUCACUUUUGGUGAAACUCCAACAAAAUUACUAUCAUCUUCCAGACAAUAUGCUUCUUAAAGCUGCUUUUCAUGGGGUAUCAGAUUCAUGGCUUCUAUUUGCUGAUAUCUGGGCGCCUGUUGAGCUGCGGGAUCCAAAUUUCUUGAAACAAUUAGAGCCUUCUUCCCCUCUUCAUUAUGAAUUAAGGCGCUCGAAAUCACCUUCCCUGCCUCUUGCGCCUUCAGAAAAGAACUUUAAGAACAUGGAAAAAAGUUACAAUCAGGGAGAUGGAAAAUGUGAAGUUGACAAUGAUAAAUCUAAUAGAAAAUCCAUUGAAAUCAGUAGAUGUAAUCAAAACACUAGUGAUUCACCAAAAACUAACCUGUUGGAUGAGCAAGAAAUAUGUGACGGGACUGUUCCAGGAAUUGGUGAAGUUAGUGGCUCUAAGCAUCUAGAUGUAUGUGAAGGUCAUCAUGAUACUUCUGCGGCGCAAGCAUGUUCGAUGCCUUUAAAAGAUGGUGACAAUAUUGAAGGAGAAACUGAGUCAGGGAAUCAUCUAGAAGCUGGGCACCGAUCAAAGAAAAAAAAGAAUAAAAGAAAGAGGAACACUGAUGAUGUUGAUGAUAAAAAGAAAAAGAAUAAAAAUAAAGUGAAGAGCUCCAGUGCAGGAGACCAGGACUUUUCUGGCAAAAUGUCAGUAGAUGAUCGUAAAGCCAAUGACACAAGUGAUGUUCGCAGAGAACUUUCACAACCUGUUGGUAUAAGCACACCUGAAGAAAGUGUAGAAAUUACAAGUCGAAAACUGAAGAGGUCUCAAAAUAAGAAAGCUGUUCCUACGAAGGAUUCGUCGGUAUCGCCUAUGGAAGAGCAACCUGAUGAGCAAAUUGGAGAAAGGGCUGCUUCUAGGUCUAUGAUUCAAAGUGACAAAUCCAAGAAGAUGAAACAAAAGAGGCAACCUGUUGCUGCACAGGAGCCUGAUAGCCUACUUGUACAACAUCAUUCAAUUGAAGGAACCACAGAAACAAAUGAAAAAGGGGAACAGGCUGAUGAUACUCUAACAAAUCGCAAAGCUAAGGACACUAAGUUGAUGUUGAAGAACAAAAGUAAGAUAAGGAAAACAAAUCUCAAUGAUGGAGAAUGUGGAAAAACUGUUGAUUUAUCACCGUCACAUCUGAACAAUGUUCCAGAGUUGUCUCAACAUGAGUCAUUUGACUUAGCUGAUAGAGAAAAGGAAGAUGUUGCUCCUCUAAAGUCAGAUAAUACUACCGAAAAAAGGACUAAAGCCAAGAGCUUUAGUGUAGACACCCAGGACAUAAUGCAUACGCACGGAGAACUUUCUAAUCAAGAUGAUAUCGGCAGACCUGAUGAAAGUGUAGACACAAUGAGUGGAAAAGUGAAAAAGAGCUCUCGAAACAAAAAAGGCGUUCGUGUGAAGGACCCUCCAGAAUCAGCUGUGAAAGAGCAACAAAAUGAGGAAAAUAAGGAAAUGGAUGAUCCAAAUGCAGAGGACAUAAAUAUGAUUCGAGAAUGUUUCGUUCCAGAUGAUGAAAGUGUAAUGAGUCGAAAAGUGAAAAAGAGCUCUCGAAAAAAAAAAGCUGUUCCUGUGAAGGACCCUCCGGAAUCAACUGUGAAAGAGCAACAAAAUGAGGAAAAUAAGGAAAUGGAUGAUCCAAAUGCAAAGGACAUAAAUAUGACUAGAGAAUUUUUUGUUCCAGAUGAUGAAAGUGUAAUGAGUCGAAAAGUGAAAAAGAGCUCUCGAAACAAAAAAGUUGUUCCUGUGAAGGAUCCUCUGGAAUCAACUGUGAAAGAGCAACAAAAUGAGGAAAAUAAGGAAAUGGAUGAUCCAAAUGCAGAAGACAUAAAUAUGAUUAGAAAAUUUUUCGUUCCAGAUGAUGAAAGUUUAAUGAGUCGAAAAGUAAAAAAGAGCUCUCGAAACAAAAAAGCUGUUCCUGUGAAGGAUCCUCCGGAAUCAACUGUGAAAGCACAACAAAAUGAGGAAAAUAAGGCAAUGGAUGAUCCAAAUGCAGUGGACAUGAUAAGAGAAUUUUUCGUUCCAGAUGAUGAAAGUGUACUGAGUAGAAAAGUGAAAAAGAGCUCUCGAAACAAAAAAGCUGUUCCUGUGAAUGACCUUCCGGAAUCAACUGUGAAAGCACAACAAAAUGAGGAAAAUAAGGAAAUGGAUGAUCCAAAGGCAGAGGACAUAAAUAGGAUUAGGAAAUUUUUCGUUCCAGAUGAUGAAAGUGUACUGAGUCGAAAAGUGAAAAAGAUCUCUCGAAACAAAAAAGCUGUUCCUGUGAAGGACCCUCCAGAAUCAACUGUGAAAGAGCAACAAAAUGAGGAAAAUAAGGAAAUGGAUGAUCCAAAUGCAAAGGACAUAAAUAUGCAAAGAGAACUUUUCUGUCAAGAUGAUAUUGGAAGACCUAAGGAAAGUGUAGACUCAAUGAGUGAAAAAGUGAAAAAGAGCUCUCGAAACAUUAAGGUUGUUCCUCUGAAAGACCCUCCAGAAUCAACUGUGAAAGAGCAACAAAAUGAGGAAAUUAAGGAAGUGGAUGCAGCGAUUAUAAUGAUUCAAAGUGAUAAACUGAAUGAGAGGAGCCAAAAAAAGCAGCUUACUCCUGUAAAAGAUAGUUCCAGCUUACUAUCCAGUCAGCAUUCUGAUGAAACAAUUAUGGAAAUGGAUGCAACAAAAAGUGUGGGACAAGCAGAUGAAAUUUUGACGAAGGGUGAUACUCUUGAUACUCCAUUGAAGUCUAAGAAUACUGCUAAGAAAAGGAAGACAAAUGGCAAUGAAGGAAAAUGUAGAAACAAUGUUGCAGCGGUAUCCAUUUCACAACAGAAAAAUGUUUUUGAGCUGUCUCAACAAAACCCAGAUAACCUAAUUGAAAAAGAAAAAGAAAUUGAGGAAGAUGUUACAUCUUUAAAGUCGGAGAACACUGCUACAAGAAGAAAAAACGUUAAAGCAAAAGGCCGUGAUGCAGAAAAAGCGGGCUUGUCUAGUUUAAGACAAAGUGAUGAUCUAAAUACAGAUCAGGAAUCUAGGGAAAAGGACCUCCCCAUAAGUGUGAUUCAGAGUGAUUUACCCGAGAAGAUUCCUGUAAAAGAUAGUUCCAGUUCACUUUUCAAUCAGCAUACUGAUGAAACAAUGAUGAAAAUGGAUGCAACAAAAAGUGUGGAACAGGCAGAUGAAGUUUUGAUAGAUUGUGAUACUCUUGAUGAUCCAUUGAAGUCCAAGAAUACUGCUAAAAAAAGGAAGACAAAUGGUGAUGAUGGAAAAUGUAGAGAAACUGCUGCAGCGGUUUCAAUGUCGCAUGAGAACAAUGUAUCGCAGCUGUCUCAACACAACCCAGUUAACCUAGCUGAAAAAGAAAAAGAAAAAGAAAACGAAAAAGAAAUUGAGGAAGAUGUUACUUCUCUAAAGUCGGAGAAUGCUGCUAAAAGAAGAAUAAACGUUAAAGCAAAAGGCUCUGGUUCAGAAAAUGAGGGCUUGUCGAGUUUAAGACACGAGAACAAUGUUUCAGAAUCGGACCUCCGGAGCUUACCUGUGAAUUUGCUUUCAGAUGGAUCGACAAUUAAAAUGAACGCACCUGAAAGAGUGGAACAGGCCGAUGAUAUUUUGACAAAUUGUGAUGUUGAAGGUGAAAACCAGGAAAAAGUGAUACUGGGUGACGAACAUGAUGGUAAAUUGAUUGGGACCAUUCCUUCAGAAAUGUCUUCUGAUGUUGCAGAUUUGAGGGAUCUGGAAAAGCCAAGAGCGAGUAAGAAAAAGGCGAAGAGAUUUGAUCAAGCUUCGUCUGUAGAUACUUCAUCUGAUGGAAACUUAGUUGAACUAAAGAUAAAGGGAGGAAGUGCAAUAAUUAAUGAGCUGGACAACAAUGGUAGUAGAUCUUCUGUUUUGAACACCACUGUUCCUCUAGCCAAUGCUGUCGACAAUCGCAAAGAAGCUGGUGUUUCCUGUAGAAGUAAGGUUUCCGAAGAAAAUUUAACGAUGAAUGUGGAGGCUUCUGAAGUUGUGGAGAAUGCUGCUAAUCAUUUGACAGAUACAAAAAUUAGUGAUUUCCAAAACCUGGAAGAAUCGACACAGAGUGAACAUCAUCGUGCUGAAUUUAAUCAGGAUGUCCACUCGCAAGUUGAUGCUGGUUCAGAUGAAGCCAGGCUGGUUGAAAAGCCGGAGGCCGGUAAACAGAAGGCAAAGAAACUUGAUCAACCUUCAUCUAUUGACACCUCAUCUACUGGACAAAACUUGGUUGGAUCGAGGAAAAGUAGAGGAAGUGCAAGAACAUCUGAAAUUCAAGCACCAAUCGCUGGUCAAAAGCACGAUAAAUCUGUACCUCCCCGUGGCAUAAAAAAAUCAACUACGCCUAAAAAAGCGACCGAGACCCUAUCUCACCCCUCCGAAACUCCGAGAAAAACUAAUGUCUCUUUUAAAGGUGAGGAUGAUGGAAGCGAGUCUGCUGACGCAUCAAGCAAGAGCUCUGUUAGAAAAGUCUUGCAGUUUCAUCACAAGGAGAAGGCUAAGCAGCCCCCAAAGAAGCUGGAAGAGGAUAAUUAUGGCCUUAGAAGAUCUUCCCGUCUGGGUGCAAAAGAAUCUACGAACACUCCUGCACAGAAGAAAGGGUUGCUAUCCUCUGGACGGGCAAUUUUUGAGGAUGGAACUAGUUCGAGUUCGGAAGAUGAAACUGAUGCUUCAAGUUCCAGCACCACAAUUGCACCAGAUCCUUCAUCUUCGUCUGAUUACUCGGAUGGAGAAACUAAAGAUUCUCCUAAAACCGUUCAGAAGUGCAAGACAAUUUCAUUUGGACGUGAUCUGGCAUCGAUUAUUCGUGGCUCAAACAGAUUCAAAAAGGCCAAGAUGAUGGCUUCACAGUCACAAGACGAUAGUCAGCCUAUCGAGUUUGUUCCUGAUAGUCUACCAAACAUGUGUUCAACUGGGCAACAUUGAACGUGAUUGAACAAACUCAAACAUGAUCUUAAUCGACAUGAAAUAGACACGAAAACGCUUCAAUCUGAAACACGAGAUUUGAAACCUGACCGAUAACCCGACUAGACAUCUAGUGUUAUACUUCAUUAAAUUAUAAAAUAGGAAGUGAGAAUUUUGAGACCAAAGUUAAACCAAUGUUUUAUCGUUCUUUCCCAUAUUAGUUUUUUUGUUUUUGAAAAAAAAGAACAACAUUGGAACAAAAUAGAGGAAGAAACAUAAGCAAAAUAUAUAACAAC